AUAGCCCUCCAAAUAAAGAGACCAAAAACAGACAGCUAGAGGUGCAAGCCAUGCAUCUGCGCGUCAGGGCUCUCGAGCUGGAAAGAGGAGCUCCUGUAGUCUCCACCCCGAUGUCUCCUCUUGACCGCAGUACUGUUUCUGCUCCAGCUUUUGACAUCAGUAAGCACAUUGCUUUAGUUCCUCCAUUUCGUGAGUCCGAGGUUGAUUCAUAUUUUAGCGCUUUCGAGCGGAUAGCUGCUGCCCUAAGUUGGCCCAAAGAGUUCUGGUCCCUUCUCCUCCAGUGUAAAUUAGUGGGGAAAGCUCAAGAAGUCUGUGCCAGUCUGUCUAUUGAGGAUAGUCUUGAUUAUAAAAUCUUGAAAAAGACUGUGUUGCAGGCCUACGAGCUGGUCCCCGAAGCAUAUCGACAGAAAUUUAGAAAUAGUGAGAAAACUGCUAACCAGACGUAUGUUGAGUUUGUGCGUGACAAGAGCGUUUUGUUUGAUAAAUGGUGCCAAGCGUGUAAUGUUAAAACCAUGGCGGAAAUCAGAGAGCUUAUUCUGCUCGAGGAAUUUAAAAAGUGUUUGCCGGAACGAAUUGUUGUUUAUUUGAAUGAACAAAAAGAAUCGUCGGUAACAAAAGCGGCGGUGCUGGCUGAUGAAUUAAUUUUAACUCAUAAAAGCGUUUUUUCUGUGCCGGCACGUGGUACACAUGUAAUGCCUGAGCGCAGAAAUCGGUCACCAAAGAUGAUGCGUAAAAACACCUCACCAGUUGCGGGUGAGGCCCGCGAGUGUUUUUAUUGCCAUGAGCCAGGCCAUUUGAUUGCGGUCUGUCCGGCUCUUAGAAAAAAAGGACCUCACAAAAGUGCUAAACUUCCUGCAGGUGUGGGUUUCAUAAACUCCGCGUCCCCGCCUGAAAAACACACUCAGCUUUUACCUGAAGAGGUGGAGGUUGACUCUCGUUUCAAGCCGUUCGUUUCUCAUGGAUUUGUUUCAGUAACCGGCAAGGAAUCGGAUAAAGUGCCGGUAACUAUUCUUCGAGAUACAGCCGCCUAUCAUUCAUUUAUGCUGGCUAGUGUUUUGCCUCUCUCAAACGAAACGUCGUGUUCUUCUGAUUUGAUAGUGUGGGGAAUUAAAAUGAGUGAACUCAACGCCCCACUUCACAUGAUUCACCUGCAUUCAGCGCUUGUGUCGGGACAGGUGAAAGUUGCUGUGCUCCCACAGUUUCCAAUUAGUGGCAUUUCGUUUAUUUUGGGUAACGAUUUGGCCGGAGGAAAAGUGUUUCCUCUGCCCGAAGUAGUUAAUGAUCCCAUUUCGGUUGCGUCUGUUUGCUGUCCCGCCUCUGUGUCUUCUACUGUGUCUGUGCCAAAUUUGUUUCCUGUGUGCGCGAUUAUGCGCGCACAGGCUCGUAAAGUGGGUGUAGUUGUGGAUUUGUCUGAGUCGUUUAUGGCUACAUUAGGUGAGGGUGAGCCCUCCUUUCCAGUGUCCCCUGUUACUGAGUGUGAAAAGGUAUCAAAAUGUGUCAAUGAGUUUGAUCUAUUUCCUGCUGACACAGACCUAAGUUUAAACGUGACUCGAGAAAUGUUGAUUGAUGCUCAGAUAAAUGAUCCGUCUCUAACUUUGCGUCUGUCCUCUGUUGUAGCCGCCGAGAGGGACAGCAAGCCUGGUGUGUUUUUUCUGGACAACGGUGUCUUGAUGAGACGGUGGAGUCCCGACUCCAGUGAGAUUCGCGUUGUUAAUCAGGUGGUUGUCUUGCACAUGACUCCAGCUUAGCUGGUCACCUGGGUG